CGCGGCCGCACCAUGUCGGCCGUCGCCUACGUGGACUUCGUGGCGGCGCAGUGCCUGGUCUCCAUCUCCAACCGCUCCGCCGUGCCCGAAGCGGCGCGGCUGAAGGUGCCGGGCGAGGGGGAGGCGGCCCGGGAGCUGCGCGACCCCCGCGACGCCUGGAAGGACUACUGCGCCCUGCUCGCCAUCGCCAAGAGCCUGCUGGAGCUGAACAAGUACCGGCCGCUGCCCGCCCCCUCCGUCUGCAGCGACAGCGUCGAGAGCCCCGACGAGGACGCGGCCUCCGACAGCGACGCGGCCACCGAGCCGGGCUCCAGCCCGCCCCGCAGCCCGCGCCGGGGCCGCCCCCCCGCCUGCGCGCCGCCGGGCCGCCCCAAGGGGAAGCUGGCGGCCGAGAAGCGGCACAAGUGCCCCUACAGCGGCUGCGGCAAGGUCUACGGCAAGUCCUCCCACCUCAAGGCGCACUACCGUGUGCACACAGGCGAGCGACCGUUCCCCUGCACAUGGCCCGACUGCCUUAAAAAGUUCUCCCGCUCCGACGAGCUCACCCGGCACUACCGAACCCACACCGGUGAGAAACAGUUUCGAUGCCCCCUCUGCGAAAAGCGGUUCAUGCGGAGCGACCACCUGACAAAGCACGCCCGCCGCCACACCGAGUUUCACCCCAGCAUGAUCAAACGAUCCAAAAAGUCCAGCUCCGGCAGCUCCUUGUGAAGGCAGGGCUGGCCCGGGGAGGGGGCAGAAGGGGAGGCGACCCACGGCAAGGACGCAGGCAGUGGCGCCGGAGCACGAGCACCCGCUGUGGCUCCGGUUGCCCUCUCGGUCUAAAAGCACAUGUA